AUGCCGCUCACUUUUACUGAAUUCUAUCUGUUUCCAAAUGAACCUGACGAAAAUGCAUUUAUUGUCAAACUUUAUACUUUUGUGGAACAUCUUUCGCUGUACAGUCUCUAUGUACAAUUCUGGAUUGCGAUUAUCGGAAUAAUUCUCACUAUUUUUCAUUUGAUAGUUCUCAUAAAACUUUGUGGGAAUUCAAUAGUCUCCAUUAUGCUUGGAAUGGCAAUUUGUGAUUUAUUCUCCAUGAUUGUCAAUAUUUCCGUUUGCGAUAUUAUUUUACAUUUCUUCGGUGACCUUUGUACCCCACCGUACUCUCUUCUGAUGAAUCACGUCUUCUGGAUUCUGGUGUCAAUUCGAGAUGACGUUAUCAGAUGUUCCACGUGGCUAUCUGUACUAAUGGCUUUGUUACGAUAUUUGGUUUCGAAAUAUUUCGCAAAAUCACAAUUUCAAAACUUGUCAAGAUUCGAAUAUGGGGUCAAAGCUUCUAUUAUCAGUUUUGUUAUCAGUUCGAUUUUCUCUGCAGGAUAUUAUUUGUCAGUGAAAUUCGAACCGGUUGGAAUAUGGACACCUGAUGAGAGUUGUGCAAAUGUGCCAAUGAACAUGGAACACCCAAUUUACGAACAGCGCGUAUCGGAUUUGUUUUCUUUGGGCAAUGGCGCUCCAUUGAGAAUUUUCCAAUUGAUAAAUGGAUCGGCGUCUAAAAUUAUCCCUUGUAUUCUACUGCCAAUUUUGACGUUUUUGCUAGCAGUGGAGCUUCGGAAAAAUGAUCAAAGUAGGAAUACAGGAAGUGUUUUGUAUAAGAAUAACACCGAGAAAACAACAAUUCUGGUGAUAAUAAUGACAGUUUUAAUAUUUGUGGCUUCACUUCCAACUGGAAUUGCUACCGUAUUCCAAGUGGCUUAUACUGACCUUGGAUAUUUAUUCUUAUUCAUCUAUACCGACACAUUCUGUAAUACUCUUUUGUUGACUGCGGCUGCUAUUAAUUGUUUCAUUUGUUUUGCAAUGUCUAUACAGUACCGCAAAGCUGCCAGGAAAAUUUUACAUAUACCAGACCCAAAAAUUCACUCCACUAGACAUUCAUUAUGGAGAACAACAUCUUGA